UUUUGUCAACAAAUAAACGAAACGUCAGAAGAGAGACGGGUUGCGACGUUACCAGUGGGCUCGGGGAGUGAUCGGUGCAAAAAUGUUUGAAAAUGGAAAUCCGAACAUGGCAACUCUACGUGGUUAUUAAUUGUGUCAUCGUAACGCACUUAGUAGCUAAGCCCGUCUCGCUGAAUGAGCUUAUCGCCGUUGAAAGCAAACAAAAGCAGGAGCAACAUACUAAACCCACAGGUAACUCAGAAACCAAGCGCGUAAAGACCUCAUCACUCGAUGAACUUAUUACUGCAGAAAAAAAACAACAGCAACGGGAAAGUACAUCUAAAAUUACGAAAUCAGCAACCAAGCGCACAAAGACCGUGUCACUAAAUGAACUCAUUGCAGCUGAAAGCAAACAGGAAAAGAAGUCUCUGAAUACUAAAUCAGGUGUAGCGCUCUCGACAAAGCCCUUUUCCACAAAAGAAAAUUCGCCAUCAGAAUCACGACAAAAUUUGGAAAAAACACGUUUGCCUAAAAUAUUUGCUAAAAUACCGAGGAGAAAAAUAUUCUCCCUGAAAGAUUUAUUCGCUACACAAAAAUCUUCGGCCAAGCACAGGAUAGAAAGCCUUUUAUCGAAGACACCGGGCGGGGGGCUUCGGUUGCAUCGUAGCAAAUUUCUACCAACCUUAUCUCAUAAACCCUUCGAGUCAGCAGAAAAUAUAUUCUCACUGGCCAGGACAAUAUCACCGCUGAAAUUCAGAAAGAGGUUCGAAAUAAGAUCUCCUCUGAAGCCAAAAAAGAUUAAAUACUCCUUCACACCCCGUCACAAGCGUAGAAACCAAUCAACAAAGCGAGAAGCUGAUGAUAAUGCAGUAUUCAAUCACCGGUACAUACCGCUCAUUAAGCGGAUUGGUUUACUUGUGGAUGGUAUUCUUUCCCCUGACUCUAGCGAGUCUCUCGAACCCGUCCGCCGUAGAAAACCAAGACGCAAUCAAAAGCUACCAGGAAAAGACGCCGAUCUUGCAUCCUCAGAAUCUAAGCCGCAGAAAAAGACAAUUGUUACUUCCACUACUGUCGCCUCGGAGAUCCCUGACACCGAGAAUCCCACGACUGAGACUCCCGACACCACAACCAAUACUACUCCCUUUAGUGACUUCUACACUUUCCGACCAGAUACGGACCUACCAUUACCAUCUACAAGAAAUACCAGCAGCAAUCGGAGAGACGAUAAUGGAGUCAGUGAGAGAAGCAGCACCCCAUUUCACGGAGACACUGAGAGACAUAUCGCCCGGCAUAAUGGAAGUGAUGAAUAUAAUUCCGGUAGACGAAACCAAACCUAUUCACCACCUAAUGAGGAAGAUUCCUGUAGCCCUACACGAAUCGAUAAAUGCCGCGAUGGACACCGAAACGGAACAACCCGAUAUCGUACCGACAUCAAAACAGAAGAGGAAACAGAAACCUCAACCCACAGCCUCGUCCGAAGAAAUGACACUGACACAAAAGCUACGCUCCAAAUUAGAGGGGAAACGCUACAAAUACCAAGAGACGUACGAAGAUUACCGAGACUACCCGAUAAAGUCUUUAUUGUUGACGCAGAACCCGUACCGGCCCAAAAAUCUAGUGAAGAAAGCUUCGUCCAUGUCGCACACGAUCACGCCAGUGCUGAACGAGGGCCUGACGGGAAUAGCACAGCUCCCGCAGAAGAUCAAAGAAUUCGUCAGGUCAUUCAAGGAUUGAUACCGAUAAACGAUAUCCUUGACCCUAAUUUUCUGAAACAACGUACUCAAGACAAUCAUGUUGUGGCUAUUUUCGAUGGAUAUAGCGUGGCAAGGGAUAUUAAUGGUAGGAAUAAACUUACCGAAAAAUCAAUCCGAAUUAGUCCUAAUUAGCAGUUAAGUUUGUGAUUGUUUAUUUUUAAUGUUUCAUAGGUUAGGUGAGCAAAAAGCCUGUUAAGCGAGGUUUAGACUAGCAAGAACUUGUAUGCAAUUUUCAUUACAUUGCGGUAUCUGUUAAACAUUUUAAAUGCAGUUUACCUUAGUGGUCAGCAAUGUAACGUAAAUUGCAUGCAAGUUCUUGCUAGUCUAAACCUCGCUCAAAUAAUAUCACAUACUUUUUGGUAUUGUGAAGCACAUUUCAUGCAAUCCACAUCGCCGUAUUUUCGCCUUUCUUUAGUUUUUCUAUGCUAGAAAGAGAUUAAAACACGAAUAUUUGAUGGGGUGAAGUGAAGAUACGUAAGGGAUUCCUGUCCAAUUUCUUUGUCCAAUGUGUAUUUGCAUCUCACAUUUUGCUUAGUGGGAGAGUGAGACACAAUGCACAUUGGACCAAGAUAUUGGACAGGUGGAAACCUAAGACGUCCGAGUGCGCGUCGCGCGUAAUGACGGAUAUAUCGGCACCGCAGGUCCAACGCCAAAGACGAAUUAAUCAGUCACAGACCGCAGAGCAACAUAGACCUACGUGCAUGUGUAUAAAGUUCAAUUUCAGUUUUGACACUUCGGAGUUCGGUGGCGUGGCGUCCGAAUGACAGCUUUUGUGUUUGACACGGCGUCGAAAAGGUUAAAUUUACGUCAAUAGGAAUAGAGAUGACAACACCAACAGGGUGGCAUUAGCAAGUCGAGCGUGGGACGUUUAUCUUAAAAGGUGACAUUCGGUUGUCAACUACAGCUGCACUACUAUUGCGACAUUACUGCGGCGGUGUUAAUGCCGCCGGCGCCGCUAUAUCUGUCAAUUUCCUUGAUAUAAAUGAGUACUGAUUGUUAGUCAUA